GAAGCGUCCUGCGCAAGAGAUCCCCUCUUCAUUUUUUUUUCUCUUUUUUAAUCUUUCUUCUCUCUUUCAUUUUUUAAUCUGAAACUUCACCUAAAUAUUCAGAGAAAUACAUACGCGCACAUUCUCAAACUUUUUCCUCUUUUCUCAAGUUUUAUUUCUCUUUUCUGUUUACUAUUUCCCAGAAUCCAUCAUCCUUCUUCUUCUCUCCGAGGUUUAUUCAAGGUUUUCUUUCCGGGUGCUGAAAGAUGCUGGGAGAAUUCAUCACCAGACUUCUUAUAUUGAUUCUUGGAUAUGCAUAUCCAGCUUUUGAAUGUUAUAAAGUCAUUGAGCAAAAUCGGGUGGAGAUUGAACAACUUAGAUUCUGGUGUCAAUAUUGGAUUCUGGUGGCGAUGCUGACAGUUUGUGAGAGAAUUGCAGACGUUUUAUUCACAUGGUUGCCCAUAUAUGGAGAGUUGAAGCUAGCAUUUUUUAUCUACUUGUGGUAUCCGAAAACAAAGGGAACUGGGUAUGUGUAUGAAACCUUGCUGCGGCCGGUUGUGUCAAAGCACGAGUUGGACAUCGAUCGAAAGUUUCUGGAACUGAGAGCAAGGGUGUGGGACUUGGCUAUUUACUAUUGGCAUAAUUGCACAGAAUUAGGCUCUGAAAAAUUCUUUGAAAUGCUUCAAUUCUUGGCCGGUCAAUCUGCAAGGUUAACCAAUCAGAAAUCCAAUCGGGAUGCAUCGGCCCAGGAUUCGGCCAAGCCCAACAAAUGGUCAUUUUCACGAACAAUCAACCGGACAGAACCCGAGGCAAUGAAGCCCAGUUUGGCUCAGCUCCACACUCGCACCCCAAGGGAGCCCGUUAUUCCUGAAGACCAGCCUUACCUAGAUUCCCCCACCGGCCCCGCCUCAUCCAACGACAGCCAGCCCCGAGGUCUCUUCCGGUUCCGCCGUCAUACUCCCCACAAUUGAAAUCGUUACCCAAUUGUACAAAACAUCAAAGAAAAAAAAACCCACAAAAAGAAAUUAGAACUAUUAUAAAAAUUCUUUCUUUCUUUGAUUGAAAUAUUUUUUGUUUAUGUAAAUUUUUGUUGUCUUUUGAGAAAAACUAAUAUAGUACCGAGAAAUUGGUGAAUGGAACGACAUAAGGGCUUGAUGAUAUGAGAAUUGAUGAAGCGUAAACAGGAGGAGAGAUAAGUGAAGAGAUGGUGGGGGAAGUGCGGGGCUGAGGAGCCAGGGGAGUAGGACAUGGGCUCUAGGUAGGCCCCGUCGGCCUGUUUGAAAACGCAGUUACUAAUGGAGUUGGCGGCGGUGGGAGAGUUGAGGGAUGAGGAGUAAGGGAUGAGGUCUUUGAGGGAAGUGUAGGAUAAAGAGGAAGGUUUGAGGGAGGCCAGCUCGAUGGAUGAGGGUGAAACAAAGCCAUUUUGUGGGAGAGUGAGUUUUGUUUGGAUGGUCGAAAGGGGGUUUCUGCGACGGAGCUGUGGUGGUUGGAGCAUCGACAGCGGCUCUGGUUCAGGAAGAUUCAUGGGUUGCGUAAGUGUUUGAGACUCAAGAUUAUAAGUGAAUGAUAUUGAAAAUUUUCAUUGUAUGAUGUGUGAGGGAGGCUGGUCAAUAUGAGAGUCUUUUUUUUUCUUAUUUUAAAAUUGAGAAAUCUCGUCUAAGUUAUUUUACUGUAUCAAUUAUAUAUUCAAUGUUCCAUCUUACUAUUAAUAAAUUAGAUAAAUCAAAAAUUUAAUUUUAA